GCCACAGCCUCACCUAUUACAUCACCACAGUCCAGACUGCUUGCCCCGGGCUACCACUCUACACAAUUGCUAAAUCCAUGAACGAUGUUCUUAUUGCAAGGUAUAGCAGUGACACCCGACAGGUGGAGACUGUGCGCCCGUGGGUGCAGGACCCUGAGGAUCUCCAAGUCCCUGAAACCAUCACUAUCGCACAAGAGUAUGAAGCCACGCACCAGAAGACUUUACAAGACAUACGACAACUUUUCAACCAGUCAUCUGACAGGCACGUUUAUCAGAUAAAGUUUGGCUGCGAGCUGUAUGACGAUGGCAGCACUGGUGGAUACACGGAGUUUGGAUUAAAUGGCAAUGAGAUCAUUUUCUUCGACAAAGAUGUGUUAAUGUAUAUUCCAGCAACGCGUGAGGCUCAGAUCAUAGCUCAGAGCUGGAACUGCGAUCGGUCUAAUGUGUUGGCGCAAGAAAACUUAAUGGAACGCGAUUGUAUUAACCGGAUAAAGAGCUAUAUGUACCAUGGAAAGCAUGACCUGGAGAAGCAAGUUCUUCCUCAGGUGAAGGUCUCACGUCGUCAGUCACACAACAACACACAACUCUAUUGCCAGGUGUACGGGUUUUACCCCCGAGCUGUGGAUGUGAAGUGGAUGAGGAAUGGGACAGACGAGGUUCUCUCAGAUAAGGCCAAUCAAAUCCUCCCCCAUCCCGAUGGCACCUAUCAGAUAACAGUUACCGUGGAAGUUCCGGCCGGGGAGGAGAACCGUUUCUCCUGCCAUGUGGAUCACAUCAGCCUCGAGGAGAUGCUCAGUGUCAGAUGGGUAGAAGCCAAAAACAGCAGAUGGCGAUUUCCCAUUUAUAUUGGCAUCUCUCUAGUGACGGCUAUGGUCGUGUUUAUCAUGAAGAUACUAAGAAAAUCACUUAGAUGCAAAGAUGUGACAAUGAACCUGCAAAACAUUGAAAACUAUUUCAUCACUUUUUCUACCAACUGA